UGUUGCAUUGAUAGUGACUAUGACACUUUGGAACUGAACAUCACUGCGCCAGCAGCCAUGGUAGGCAUGACUUACGAGGAUGCCAUCAGGGCUGUCCCGUGGACAGAGGAGAAAGCACAAACCUUCUCUGACAUGCUGCUGAAUGGGAUCUUCCACACCCGCUGCCUGGCCAAUCCCGAGUCUGCUGUUGAUAUUCGCCUUUUUGACGAAGAUCUGCCCUUACCACGCGGACUCAGAGUGACUCCCGAGGACGUAUGCAGCGGAAGGACUGCUCAGGAAACUACUCCGGUAAACCCUGGUCCUACCGUGGAGGAUUGGGCGGGCUCCGGCGCCUGGCGCUCUGGUGUGUAUGUAGUUCCAGUGAUGGCUGCUUGCCUGGCGCUGAUCUAUAGUGUAGUCAAGCCGUAAGACAAAUCUGGCCUGAGUUUUAAAGAUAUCUAAACUUUUUUUUUCUGAUUAACUUUUUAAACAGACUGCUUUGGUCAGAUUGUAUAGCUUUUGUUUAUGUAAAUUGGAGUGACUACAAUGUUAUCAUUAUAAUCAUGCUAAUUAUGGAAGCAUUCUGGAACAAAGACUGCUAGUGUAGCAUUUCCUGAUAAGAUGUUAAUGAGGCUUUAAUGUUCAUGGUUAUACCUCAUCAUGUUCACCCUCACUUAGCUUUAAGUGGCACACUUAAAUUCCCAUCGUUUCGAUAUAGACUUAUUGUUAGUAUAUUACCAUUAACAAUGCAUGUUAAGUCUCUUACUUGAUUUUUCUUCACAACGAAUGGAACUAUCCAUUAUAAGAUGACGUAAGAUAAACAUACGAACUAAAUUUGAUUUUAAUGAAUUAACUGUCACGUAAGGCCUUGUUGAUUUGAUUAUAUGGAUAACAUAAAAUUUUUGAAAAAAUUACUCACCUUGGGAGUAACGUAUAU